CAGCCCCAGGCUCCCCCCGGCUGGCGCCCGCGAGGAUGCAGUUAGGGGAGCAGCUCCUGGGCAGCGCCGCUAGCCUGGCCGGGCCCCCCUUCUACCCGCCCGAGAGCAGCAGCGCCCGCGGCGGCCAGCGCGGCCAGCCCAGCUCGGGCUCCCCGCAGCGCCUGGACUUGGACAAGGGGCCGAAGAAGUGCGGCGGCGCCGGGCCGGGCAUGCUGAGCGAGGCGGAGGCUGGCGAGCCCUUCCCCGGCGCCGGCUCCAAGCAGGGCGCCCCGGACGGCCGCAAAGCGGCCCCUUGCGGGGAGGCCGAGCUGCCCCCGGCCGCCGCCCGCUACCCGCUGGACAGCCUGAGCCCGGAGCGCUACUACCUGCAGUCCCCGGGGCCGCAGGGCGCCGAGCUGGGCGCGCCCUGCUCGCUCUUCCCCUACCCGGCGGCGCAGCACGGCUCUGUCUACCAAGCGCCCGGCGGGGCGCGCUACCCCUACGGCUCCAUGCUGGCCCCGGGGGGCUUCUCGGCCGCCGUGUGCUCCCCGGGCGGCCGCGCGCAGUUCGGGGGCGGCGGCGGCGGCUACCAGUACGGCCAGGGGGCGGCGGGGCCCCUGUACAGCCCCUACCCGGCGGCGGGCUCCUGCGGCGGGCUGGGAGCCUUAGCCGUGCCCGGCUCGGGGCCAGGGCUGCGGGCGCAGGUUUUCCUCUGCAACCGGCCGCUCUGGCUCAAGUUCCACCGGCACCAGACGGAGAUGAUCAUCACCAAGCAGGGCAGGCGGAUGUUUCCCUUCCUGAGCUUCAACAUCACCGGCCUCAACCCCACGGCCCAUUACAACGUGUUCGUGGAGGUGGUGCUGGCCGAUCCCAACCACUGGCGCUUCCAAGGGGGCAAGUGGGUGACGUGCGGAAAAGCGGACAACAACAUGCAAGGCAACAAGGUAUAUGUUCACCCUGAGUCCCCAAACACUGGGUCUCACUGGAUGAGGCAGGAGAUCUCUUUUGGAAAACUAAAACUGACCAAUAACAAAGGUGCUAACAAUAAUAAUACUCAGAUGAUAGUACUUCAGUCUCUACACAAGUACCAACCUCGACUUCAUAUUGUGGAAGUGACUGAAGAUGGGGUUGAAGAUCUGAAUGACUCUUCAAAGACUCAGACGUUUAUUUUCCCAGAAACCCAGUUCAUAGCAGUUACUGCAUAUCAAAACACUGAUAUCACUCAGCUUAAAAUUGACCAUAAUCCUUUUGCAAAGGGCUUCAGGGACAACUAUGAUUCCAUGUACACAGCUUCAGAAAAUGACAGAUUAACUCCAUCUCCCACGGAUUCUCCUAGAUCCCACCAGAUUGUCCCAGGAGCCCGGUACAGUGUGCAACCAUUCUUCCAGGAACAGUUUGUCAACAACUUGCCGCCAGCCAGAUUCUACAAUGGUGAGAGAACUGUACCUCAGACAAACGGCCUGCUCUCUCCUCAGCAAAAUGAAGAGGUGGCCAAUCCUCCCCAGAGAUGGUUUGUUACUCCUGUGCAGCAACCUGGUACCAACAAACUGGACAUGAACUCCUAUGAAACAGAAUAUUCUCCUAGCACCUUGCUCCCCUAUGGCAUUAAAUCCCUUCCGUUGCAGACAUCCCAUGCUUUGGGAUAUUAUCCUGAUCCAACAUUCUCUUCCAUGGCAGGGUGGGGAAGCAGAGGUUCUUACCAGAGAAAAAUGGCAACUGGGUUACCUUGGACCUCCCGAACAAGUCCCCCGGCUUUCUCUGAAGACCAUCUUCCCAAGGAGAAGGUGAAAGAAGAAAUCAGCUCAUCCUGGAUAGAGACCCCACCUUCCAUAAAAUCUCUAGAUUCAAAUGAUUCUGGCAUCUACACUAGUGCUUGUAAGAGAAGACGACUCUCUCCUAGUACUUCCAGCAAUGAAAAUUCUCCAACAAUGAAAUGUGAAGACAUGAAUGCUGUGGACUAUAGCAAAGACACUUCAAAAGGCAUGGGCUACUAUGCUUUCUAUACUACUACUUAGAGCAUUAUUUCAUCCUGAUUGGCUAAAUUUUCAGAAUAGCUUUGGGGGUUUUUUUUCUGCAUAAAAGUUGCCAAAGGCUCUUGCCUUCCACCUUGAAUUGUUUUGUGCAAUUCUAUAUAGAAGGUGCCAAAGCAUUUUGACUGCUGGAGGUAACUGGGGAAGGAACUGUAUUAUAAUUUGAUCUUAAUUUUUAGAAGGAACAGUAAGGGGGUUGUUGGCAAGAUCCUGGCUUUUACAACUGGCUUGUUUAUUGGAGACACUAAAGUGUACAGUUUGUCUGGCUCAGUGGCCUAGGGUAAGUACUAUGCAGUACCAAACAGGAGGUAUGGGUUUGUAGCCUAAACUCUUUGCGCCUGGGUCUCUGAG